ACGUCCCAGCACAUCAAAGGGUGACCGCCUUUGGAAUGCUACUUCCCACCUGAUCUCAAAAUACCCUCCAGUACACCGCCUGAAAGUCCUCACUUCACUUUAUUCCAGUACCUGAAAUUCUGCCAACUAGAAGUUUAAGAAACACAGAUCCUCUUAAAAAUGCAAGUACUGCUGAGAUUUCCUUCACACGUUAGAGCGGUUUAAUGAGUAACUUAGAGAAAAUGGGAACUCUUACAAGAUGGAGCAGGCGGGGAUUUAUUCAGUCCACAAGUAUUCAUUGGUCAAGCCCUUCACUGAUCGUUAUCAGCGAUUGAUCCAGGUGUUGGGAAUACGGCGGAGAAAAGAGGGCCAAUGGCGGAGAAAAGAGGGCCAAGGUCUCAGCCCUCACGGAGGAGUAAGAUAAAUAAACAGGAGCGGCCAUGUCACCGUUUCUUCGAAUUGGUUUGUCCAACUUUGACUGCGGGUCCUGCCAGCCGUGCCAGGGAGAGGCUGUUAACCCUUACUGUGCUGUGCUUGUCAAAGAAUAUGUUGAAUCAGAAUGGGCAGAUGUACAUCCAGAAAAAGCCAACCAUGUACCCUCCCUGGGACAGCACUUUUGACGCCCAUAUCAACAAGGGAAGAGUAAUGCAGAUCAUCGUAAAGGGCAAAAAUGUGGACCUAAUAUCCGAAACAACUGUGGAGCUCUACUCCCUGGCCGAGAGAUGUAGGAAAAACAAUGGGAAGACAGAAAUAUGGUUAGAGCUGAAACCUCAAGGCCGAAUGCUAAUGAACGCAAGAUACUUUCUGGAAAUGAGUGACACAAAGGUCAUGAGUGAAUUCGAGAACGAAGGCUUCUUUGCUCUGCAUCAGCGCCGAGGAGCCAUCAAACAGGCCAAGGUCCACCACGUCAAGUGCCAUGAGUUCACGGCCACCUUUUUCCCACAACCCACGUUUUGCUCCGUCUGCCAUGAGUUUGUCUGGGGUCUGAACAAACAGGGCUACCAGUGUCGACAAUGUAAUGCAGCAAUUCACAAGAAGUGUAUCGAUAAGGUUAUAGCGAAGUGCACGGGAUCAGCUAUCAACAGCCGAGAAACCAUGUUCCACAAGGAGAGGUUCAAAAUCGACAUGCCACACAGAUUUAAGGUCUACAAUUACAAGAGCCCCACCUUCUGUGAGCACUGUGGGACCCUGCUCUGGGGCCUGGCGAGGCAAGGCCUCAAGUGUGACGCAUGCGGCAUGAACGUACAUCACAGAUGCCAGACAAAGGUCGCCAACCUUUGUGGCAUAAACCAGAAGCUAAUGGCUGAAGCACUGGCAAUGAUCGAGAGCGCUCAACAGGCUCGCUGCUUAAGAGACUCUGAACACAUCUUCAGAGAAGGUCCAGUUGAAAUUGGUCUCCCGUGCUCCAUAAAAGGUGAAGCAAAGCUGCCGUGUGGACCAGCACCGGGAAAAAAAGAGCCUCAGGGGAUCUCCUGGGAGUCUCCCUUGGAUGAGAUGGAGAAAGUAGGCCAUCGUCCAGAACCUGAACUUAACGUAGAAAGACCAUCUCUACGUAUGAAAUUAAAAAUCGAGGAUUUUACCUUGCACAAAAUGUUGGGGAAAGGAAGUUUUGGCAAGGUCUUCCUAGCAGAGUUCAAGAAAACCAAUCAAUUUUUCGCAAUAAAAGCCUUAAAGAAAGAUGUGGUUUUGAUGGACGACGACGUGGAGUGUACAAUGGUAGAGAAGAGAGUUCUCUCCUUGGCCUGGGAGCAUCCGUUCUUAACGCACAUGUUCUGUACGUUCCAGACCAAGGAAAACCUCUUUUUUGUGAUGGAGUAUCUCAACGGAGGAGACUUAAUGUACCACAUCCAGAGCUGCCACAAGUUCGAUCUUUGCAGAGCCACGUUCUAUGCUGCCGAAAUCAUUCUCGGUCUGCAGUUCCUUCAUUCCAAAGGAAUAGUCUACAGGGACCUGAAGCUUGAUAACAUCCUGUUAGACAAAGAUGGACACAUCAAAAUAGCGGACUUUGGGAUGUGCAAGGAGAACAUGCUGGGGGAUGCCAGGACGAACACCUUCUGCGGGACCCCCGACUACAUCGCCCCGGAGAUCCUGCUGGGUCAGAAGUACAACCAUUCUGUGGACUGGUGGUCCUUUGGCGUCCUUCUCUACGAGAUGCUAAUAGGUCAGUCACCUUUCCAUGGGCAAGAUGAAGAGGAACUCUUCCACUCCAUCCGCAUGGACAGCCCCUUUUACCCACGAUGGCUCGAGAAGGAGGCUAAGGACCUUUUAGUGAAGGUAAGACGUGAAGUCAAGGAGACCUUUGUAUGAAUAGUGUUAGGUUUU